AUGGUCUUACGGAAAUGCACAAUCUGUGACCGCCGGUUCAAGAAGACAGAACAUUUCAAGCGCCACGAGCGGUCACACACGAAGGAACGUCCUUAUGAAUGCCAGGUCUGCCAUAAAUGUUUCUCACGAAGCGAUGUUUUGAGUCGACAUGCCAAAGGCCACAACCAAGGCACUGCCACUGCCACUCCAACUACCAAGGCAGCAAAUGCCGCAGUUUCAUAUACCCAGGACCGACGUCCCUCCACUGUAGCUGGUGUGUCACCCAAACAGAUUGACUCUGUUGAAAGUGCGGCCCAGCUUCUCCCCUCCAUUGACUUGGAACCACAUCAUCUUCAGAGUGUACCAACACCCCAGGAUAUGUCGCUUGUGACGACUGGAAUUUCUUCUUCUUCAUUGGACUUUCUUGCAGAUAUCUCAGCGCACCAUGGCCGGAACGAGCAGGACCUCCACCCCAUGAUGCUCGACGAGCAGCCGACAUACUUCGGAUGGAACGAGAUAACACCGACUGAACAAUCUUCGAGAGGUAACAUGGGCUUCGAGAGCAUACCGAGUGAUAUGCUGCAAUUGUGGCUCGAGCCUCGUACAGAUUCGGUGUCCAAUAACGGUUCUUCUCUGGAUUUGAUGCAAUACAGCCAGUUCGCCAUCAUGAGUGACACUGAAGUAGUCACUCCCGACCGCCAGAAUCGACAUUCAAUCGCUACUACAAAGUUGAGCCGUGACAGCAUCCCCAAUGAAAGGUUCGCUAGGGUCCAACGAACCUGGCUUGCACCACCUAACCACACCGGGCGGUUGAUAAACAGUCUAUGGCGGGAUAUUGUCUACACCGACGUCGACAAUCUAUUCUCCGUAGAUUCUUUACAAUCUUCUAGUGUCCCUGAGAUACCUCAGGGAUCACGCUAUGGAAUUGACGAAGACUGCAGACGGCGCCUUCAAAUAGCUUUCGGACAGAUAUACUCAGAUCCAAACAUGCAAUCACCCAGGAACGGUGCUCCCUCGCCUCCAAUGUCUGGUUCGACUGCGAGUACUGUUCCAUUUCCUAGCUUUCCUCCUUCGGAGAUUCUGGACAUGGCACUGGAUCUCUACUUCCGCACCUUCCAUUCACUUGUGCCUUUUGUCCACCUCCCAACUUUUUCUGCAAAGAAGACCCGUCCGCCCAUGCUUUAUGUGAUGUGCCUUAUUGGCAUGAUGCUACUCGGGACUAAAGGAACGGCUUCUUUUGUGUCAAGAAAUUUCAAUUCUGUAUUGGAACGCAUUACCGCCGAAUUGGCAAAAUGUACUAUUGGUGUCGAGUCUCCAGCGGGCACCAUGUCCACCUUUGCCACAACUUUCUUGUUUCUGAACUUGGCUGUACUGACAGGAGAUAAAAUGCACCUGGAACAGUGUCAGGGGCUUUAUGUCAAUCUCAUAUCAAUCGCUCAACGACAUGGUCUUUUUGCAGCCAAUGAAGGCCAAAUCCUGGACAUGAAUUUAUUCGAGGCAGUGCCAGAUAUUGACAUUAGAUGGAAAGCUUGGAGCAAAGUUGAGUCAACAAAGAGAGUCAUAACUGGGCUUCUUCUUCUGGAUACUUGGUAUUCGUCACUCCUUUCAACAAGCCCGAUUAUUGUCCCCGAUUCAAUCCAGCUCAUCAUGCCCUGUAACGAAUCCCUCUUCCGCGCUCAUUCUUCCAUGCGCUGGACGCAGUAUAUCCGAGGCGGCAAGCGCAUACUGAUGCCAACGAUGCUUGCACCAUCUGAAAACACUAAUAUCCCCUCUCUCGACGGCACGAUGGAUGAAUUCUGCCUUCAAGCCAUCCUCGCAACCGUCCAACUCCGCCAAUCAGAGGCUUACCACCGCCUCCUCUCAAACCGUUCCGGCUACCCUUUCGCACCCUGUCACACAUACGCUAUGGAUGGUCGAGCAAGAUGUAUUCCAGCCCUGCAAUCACAAAUUGCUACCGACUAUGGCGAGACUCUAGACCAGCUAAAUCCCAACGCCCUCGUCAUGUGGCAUCACACAUGCUUAAUGCUCACAGCUGAUAUCCAGAUCUUCGACCUGGCCGCCGGUAGAUCCGGUCCAAUCCCAGCAGCGCGAAAGGCAUUUGAAGAUAUUGCGGAGUGGUCGCAAACCCCUGCCGCCCGACGAGCCUGUCUACACGCGGCCCAUAUUUAUAAGGCCAUGAGCAACCGAAAGGCCUCCGACCAUCCCACAUUCCAUUCCGUAUAUUCGUUAUUCUGCUCUGCUCUCGUUUUGGGUCUAUACACGUUCAUGGCCCCCAAUACUGCAAAUUCGUCAUCAAGUAUGGGGUCCAUUGACCUGAUGGACGAUAUAGGCUGGGACCAGGUUGGCACAGAAGGCUUCACUAGCUUUAUGGAGCCGAGAGGCAGUCAGGCCUUCCUGUCGACAGAUGAUCCUUCCGUGAAUUUCAUUCGCAAUGGUGCCACCAUCUACCUGCGGGGUGUACUUCUACAAGGCGGGUAUCAGUCUGCACGGAGGAUCUUCCUCGACUAUGCCAAUCUCCUGAAAGAUUCCGGAAGAUGGAGCGUGAAAAAGUUCUCUUACGUGCUAGAUAUCAUGAGCGAUGUGUUGAUGGACGUGGAAUAA